AUGCGUUUGAAGACUGCUCCGGUUCUACUAUAUUCCAUAUUACUCGCUUUCUGGAGUCACAUUCAUGGAGUGUCUGCAAUUUUCGGAAGCAAAAAGCCAGAAUCCCUUACAUUUGAAAACGUUACGAUAGUAUCAAACAAUACCACACCCAUUAUUCAAGGCAACAUUUUCGUGAUAGAGACACUUGAACCACCGUCAAUAAAUUUACUAGACAAUACACCAUCGAGACAAGUUACAGGGUUUUUGUAUGCACUCGUAUACAACUGCUCAUCCAAUAGUUCUAACGCUGUCACGACACCACUCAGGAUAUACGACUAUAGCAUCGCUUUAAUUGAUGAUUCUUGUCCUUCUCGCGCUCUCGCUUAUGCUACAGAAACGCAGAAUGCCAGUGGGGCGAUUAUAAUUAACACAGCGAACGAUUUCUCGAAACUUUGGCUAGAUCAGUCUUUUGAUAUACCAGUGUAUCAGAUCAUGGUCGAUAAUGCGACUCCGCUCAAGAACAUGAUUUCCGAUAACGCCCAGCAUGCUCCAUUUACAAAUGAUUCGAGACCUGUCAAACAGAUAAGGGUCAAGAUGGAACCGCCUUCAAAGGGUUUCCCCGGGAUAUGGGAGUUUACUUUGAUUGUAGUCGUUGUACUAUUCGCAGUCACAUGUGCAACAUCAGUUGCUAUGCACUGUCAUCUUUACCGUCUACGGCGUCGCCAGCGAUCUCGAGAUGUGGCUGCACAUGCAAGCCGUCCAUAUGGCUUGAAAAUCUUGAGUCUUACUCACGAGAUGUUGGAUAAAUUACCCGUGCGUAUAUACACAACGGCUAACGGGACGGGGGAAGAACGACAGGAAAAAAAUUUAAAUGAGGGGACGGACAAUAUAGUAAACAAAAAAGAUGAUGGGAAUGAAAAUGAUGAAAAUGGUCGAGAAAAGGAUUUGCAACAAGAUGGCGAAAAGGAUUUACAACAAGAUGGGGGAAAGGAUUUGCAACAAGAUGGGGGAAAGGAUUUGCAACAAGAUGGGGGAAAGGAUUUGCAACAAGAUGGUGAAAAGGAUUUGCAACAAGAUGGGCAAGAGGAUGGACAAGAGACCGAGGAGGGAAUGGGAAACAAAGAAAAGGAAGAGGUUGGUGAGCACCUGGAUGACGAAAAAGAGCAGACAUUUGAUAAAGUUGAGAGCGAGCAGAUAACAAAUAGUUAUAAAGAGAAUCAAACAUUUUCACCAAUUACACCUGCAUCAUCUCCUUUGGCCGCCGAAUCUUCGUCUCGUCCGCCUUCUCGUCCACCUUCUCGUCCACCUUCUCGUCUACCUUCUAAAUCCGAACUCUCACUCUCACGUCGCAUAUCCGUGCGAUCAAUUCGAUCGACUCGGUCGACUAAAUCCGAACGUUCGCUUCGUGCGGUUACUUCAGCGUCUGCAUUGGCGAGCGGACAUGGUGUAAGCGGUAGCGGCGUUUCAGAAGAUACUCAGGGAUACCAGGAAACGUGUGCAAUCUGUUUGGAUGAUUUCGCUGAUGGAGACGAACUGAGACAGUUACCUUGUGGGCAUGAAUAUCACAAAGAAUGUGUUGACCCUUGGUUAUUAGAGAAAUCGUCUCAAUGCCCGCUCUGCAAACGGGAUUGCUUUCCGGAUCCUUCACCCAUAUCCUCUUAUGCUUCACUCCCACAAUCAACCUUUUCGUCUCGCAGUAAUGUUUACGUUGCAGCCAUGCUGUCAUGGUCUCCGAUUGCGUCUGUAGUUCGCUCGUGUCGUAAAGUACGAAAUGUUAUACGGCGAAGAUGCGGCGCCAGGUGGACGGCAAAUGAAGGAGAAAAUAAUGAGGGAUUGCCCGAACCUGUUACGGCUGUGCCGUCGAGUGAAGCGACGCUAGAGUCGAGGGGGAGUAGUGCUGAUUAUAGAAAUGUUAGAGCAGAAAGCAUAGACAAUAGUGCGGGGGGAGAAAUAAGACUUGAGAUGUUGUAA